GGGAGGGGUGGGGCUUAUAGGAAGCGGAAGUGUCAGCGCAGGCGGAAGUGGUACUGCCCUGAAUACCCUGAGCAGCCAGAGGAGGACGGCUCGAUAAAGCCUCAUCGGUCACCGCAGAAAAUCGGCAACUCUCGUACCUUGGAAACCGGCGAGAUGGAUAGGACCGACCUGGUGCAGAAAGCCAAGCUUGCUGAGCAAGCCGAGCGCUACGAUGACAUGGCGGCCGCCAUGAAACAGGUGACGGAGCAGAACAAGGACCUGACCAACGAGGAGCGCAACCUACUGUCCGUGGCCUACAAGAAUGUGGUGGGAGCUCGUCGUUCGUCUUGGCGCGUGAUCUCCAGCAUCGAGCAAAAGACUGAGGGCAACGAGAAGAAGCAGCAGAUGGCUCGCGAUUACCGCGUCAAGAUCGAGGCGGAGCUCAAGGAUAUCUGCAACGACGUGCUGGGUUUGCUGGACAACUUCCUGGUCAUGAACGCCAAGCUGCCGGAGAGCAAAGUGUUCUACCUCAAAAUGAAAGGCGACUACUUCCGCUACUUGUCGGAGGUGGCGUCGGCCGAGGACAAGAAGGAGACGGUGGGCAACUCCAACGAGGCUUACAACGCCGCUUUCGAAAUCAGCAAGAAAGAGAUGCAGCCCACGCAUCCCAUCCGGCUGGGCCUGGCCCUAAACUACUCAGUCUUCUACUACGAGAUCCUCAACUCGCCCGAGCAGGCCUGCACUCUGGCCAAGCAGGCUUUCGACGAGGCUAUCGCUGAGCUGGACACCCUGAACGAGGACUCCUACAAAGACAGCACGCUUAUCAUGCAGCUACUAAGGGACAACCUCACUCUGUGGACAUCAGAAAACCAGGGCGACGAGGCGGAGGCCGGCGAGUGCGAGAACUAGUAGCGACGCCCUACCCAACACCCCUGCUCUUCUUCCUCCUCCUUCUCUUCAUGCACACAAACGUUCAUUCCUUCUUCUGUAAAAGAAGCAGCAUGCCCCCCCCCCCCCCUCCCCAUUCUGACCCGGCACUCCACAAGCUCCUUUAGAACCUUCUGGCCCGUCCUUUCUCACUAGGAGGUUUUUUUUUUUCUUUUCUUUUAAAUCUAUCCCCGUUUUCUUCUUCCUCCCUAACUUCCUGUUGGCUUUGUUAGUCCUACCCACUGGCUGCUUUUAUUCCACUUUAAUCCAAACAAACAAGAAAACAAAAAAAGGUUAUUAAACUGUGUGUUUAUUUUCAA